GGCAACACUGGGCUAAGGUCACGUGCCAGUCAAAAUUGAAAGAUGGCGAGCGCUGGACGAGGAAAGGCAGCAGCGAAUCCGUUUUUCGAUGACGAAACUACCGAAGACGUGGACGACUUCACUUUCCUCAACAGUGCCCGCAAAAGCAGUUCGCCGUACUCACUGGGAAAUGAGCAAAACCUCCGCAAUCGGCAAUGGGAGCAGCAGCGCGAGCAGCUACUGCUCGAACGUCAGCAGCUGGAAGACAGCAUCCUGCAAAGCUCCAACUCGGCCGUGCGCGUAUUGUAUGACACAGAACAAGUUGGCAUAGCCACUGCCGAGGAAUUGGCGCACCAAGGCGAACAGCUUAAAAAUGUUGACCGUAAACUGGACACCAUCAACACGAACCUCAAAGUCAGCCAGAAGCACCUGAAUUCCAUGAAGAGCAUUUUUGGAAGCAUCAAGAGUUACUUCCGCGGCGGUAGCAGCGCUGAUGCCUCUAGAAAUGUGGGUGCCACUGCUGGAUUUGGAGCCGACGAAGAAGAAGAAGAGCAGCCUGCAACCGACCUCCAGAAGGCGUUGAACAAAGUGAAACAGGAGAGCAGCGCGUCAAGACCGUCCACGCAUCCCGCCUUUCGGGUUCGAGGCCUGGACACCUCUGGAUUCGGGACCGGCUUCGAGGACGAGCAAGGAGACUUUGCUGCAAAGCCACAGCAGCCAGCCUACAAGAAUCGUUCGGCUGAGAUUGAGCAGAAGCUAGACUCGAACCUCGCGGAACUCGACAGCGGUCUCGGGAGACUGAAGUUCCUGGCACAAGGCCUUGGCAGGGAGCUGGACGACCAGAACGAGUUGCUGGACAACUUGACGGAGAAGACUGAUCUGGCUGAAGGAACCGUUGUGCACCAGAACAGUCAGAUCAGGCGAAUCCUCAAGAAGUGAACGACACCACGCCAGGACGCCAUUCGAUCUGCCCAUGACAAGGUUGACACGCAAAACACUUUCCAAGAACGGUGCGGAGGAAAACGUCACAAGAUUGUGUUACACCGAUGGAGUUCGUGGAGCUUAGGAGUGAAUACUCUAGGCAACUAUCCACAGUUGUUCCAGAAUUUCUCUUUCUUUCCUUUUUUUUUUUUUAACAGUUUGCCACGGUAUUUUUCAGAGUACAGGACUCGAGUUGAAUUAAAACAGUUCGCUGGAACACUGCGAAAUUCGGAACAGUGAGUUGUUUCGAAGCAGGUCUGCGGUGCAUUGGCUGAUAAACAAUGCGGAGUUUCACGUCUCUGUUAAGGUACAGGUGUUAAAUUUUGCAAUAUCUUUUUAUCAUCUUAACACUACCAUAAGUGGUAAAAAAGGGUGUAACAUUUUGUUGUUUUGCAUUGAAUACACAUUAGUGUUACCUUUAUGACUUUUUGUGGUAGCAUUGACAGAAUGUGAUAGUACAGUUGUCUUGUCUGGUAUAUUGUUUAGACCAACUGCGUGCUCUGAGAGCGCUGGGGAUUUUUUUUUUUUCUUGGUGGGAACACUGCUGCAUAGGAGUAUUUGUUACAUUUGGGUUUAACUGUACAUAGCAGCACUCCCCGAUUUCUCGGUGCUUUCAGUGGCACCACCUGAGGCAAAUUACUGAUAAUAAAUAUUAUUCAUCGUU